ACAUAAGACGAGCUGAUCGGACCCGAAAUCUCGAAUCUCUACUCAUCAAGCCCACUCUUCCGACUUUCUUCAAGAUGCACUUCAAUACUUUCAACAUCAAUGUAUUUGUCCUAUUUUCUUUGGUGGCAGGUACUCCUACGUCACUACACAAGAAUGUCGCUAGGAACGAAACAACAGAGCCAUUGCUCCCAAGUCAGGAUCCGUUCUACACUGCACCUGUAGACUGGGAGAAUACCUCUCCAGGAACCAUUCUUCGCAUCCGCACAGCUCCAGGUAACGUCACGACUGUGAUCGCGAACACUUCAGCAGCCUACAACAUCGUCUUUCGGACAACCGACUCAAACUACAAGCCCUCCUGGGCCGUUACGACCGUCCUCGCGCCCUUUCAAAAUGCCACAACUUCCAGGAACAGCACCUACAACUCUCUCCUCUCACUACAAAUCGCGUAUAACACCGCAUAUCCCGACUCUACUCCUAGCCUCAUGCUUUACAGCGCCGCUUCAGAGCCAACAUUCGGAGGCCCAUCAACCGCAGAUGACAUUGCCUACAUGCUGGGGAACGGGUGGUACGUCACUAUCCCCGAUCACGAAGGCCCUCUAGCAUCCUUCGGACUCGGAAUCCAAGAAGGGCACGCGACCAUCGAUUCCAUCCGCGCGACACUGAACUCCGCUAUACUUCCAAGAGAUACAGAAACCAAGACCGCUAUGUGGGGAUACUCAGGUGGCUCAAUAGCCAGUACGUGGGCUGCAGAGUUGCAGGAACAGUAUGCCCCCGAGUUGAGGUUUGCGGGUAUGGCAAUUGGCGGCAUGGUUCCGAAUAUGACACAGUCGUUCCCAAUACUUUCCGGAACACCAAACGCUGGUCUGCUUCCAGCCAUUAUGCUAGGGAGCACGUCGCAGGAUGCGGAAGCACGUGAGUUUCUGCUGUCGAGGCUCAAGACCGAUGGUCCAUUUAACGUCACGGGGUUUCUUGAAUCAUUGCACUAUGAUGUCUUCACUUCUUUUUUGGCAUAUGCAGGACAGGAUAUUGGAGAGUACUUCAUAGGUGGACUGCAAGAUCUGAGGGCGCCAGUUCUUGAGCGAAUCGCGAGAAGCAAUUGGUGGCAAGGCUAUCAUGGUAUCCCGCAGACUCCUGUGUUUGCAUACAAGGCCAUCAACGACGAUUUUGCUCCAGUUUCAGAUUCUGAUGAGUUGAUCGAGAGGUGGUGUGGAAUCGGAGUAGAUGUGAGGUAUGAGAGAAACGAGGUCGGGGCGCAUGUCUCGGAGAUUGCCAAUGGGAGAGUUCGGGCGCUGGCAUGGUUGAAGACCGUGUUCGAUGGGACCUUGGAGAAGACGGGAUGCGAUGUGAAGAACGUAUCAGUCUCCCUGAUUGAUAUCCCUGCAUAA